AAAUCGCCAUUUUUAUCCUCUGCUCGAUCUUUCUUUCAGGUACAAAUUAACCAUUUCUCUUUUUGAUUGAAUCCAACUGCCUUGAUUCCUAUCCUUUUGUGUUAAAUCAUGCUUUCCAUCUCAAUCCCCAAAAUUUCAGCUUUAAAUUUGUAAAAACGAUGCAAACCCUGAGUAUAUGGCCAUCAAAGACUGAAUGUUUCUUGAAUCUUGAAUCCCCCCCUCAUUUCUUGAGAAGAAAAAGUAGAAACCCUAAUGUUUUUAGGGGUUUUAGAAGUGGGUUUCGAUUUAGGGAGACUAGUGAUGAUUUGGGAUAUGGGUUUCUCUGCAGAUGUUCUAGGGUUAAUCUUUAUGUAAUUUGGGGGCCAAAGAAGCAUUCAUUUGGUUCAUCUGUUGUCCCCUUGGCUCUGGCAUUUGAAGAACAAGUAGUUGUAGGUAAAACAGAUUCAAAUUCUGCAGAUGAAUUGAUAGAUGAGGGUAAUUGUGAGGUUCUUGAUGAUGUUCAUCAAGAUGGAGUUAAAAAACCCAACGAUUUGGCCCUCGAAUCUAGCAAAAACGAUAGCGAAAACAAGGGUAAAAGAAUCAAUACACGAGCGUUAGCAUUGAGCUUACGAGCUGCAAAAACCAUAGAUGAUAUAGAAUUGGUGCUUGGAGACAAGGGUGAUCUUCCCCUUCAGGUUUACUCCACGAUGAUUCGAGGAUUAGGUAAAGAUAAACGGGUGAAUUCCGCCAUUGUUCUUGUUGAGUGGUUAAAGCUAAAGAAACAUGGUUCCGAACCUUUUGCCGGUCCAAAUCUCUUUAUCUACAACAGCCUUCUCGGCGCUGUGAAACAAGCCGAAGAAUUCGAUCACGUAGAAAAGAUCAUGAACGAUAUGGCUAUGGAGGGUAUAGCUCCGAAUGUUGUAACUUACAACACGUUAAUGGGGAUUUACUUAGCUCAAGAACGCGAAACGAAAGCUCUCGAGCUCUUUGAAGAGAUAGAGAAAAAGGGUUUAUCUCCAUCUCCGGCUUCGUAUUCUACGGCAUUGUUGGCUUACAGAAGAAUGGAAGAUGGUUUUGGAGCGCUUGAUUUCUAUAUCGAUUUUAGAAACAAGCACCGGAAUGGUGAGAUCGGGAAGGAUGAUAAGAAAGAAUAUUGGGAUCUCGAGGCUGCGAAGCUAGAGGAUUUUGUGGUUCGUAUCUGCUACCAAAUCAUGCGAAGGUGGUUAGUUCGGACCGAGAAUUCCAGCACUAACGUGCUGAAACUUCUAACAUGUAUGGAUCAGACCGGCCUGCAAAUAGACCGGUCUGGACAUGAACGGCUCAUAUGGGCUUGUACUCGUGAUGAUCACUAUACGGUUGCCAAAGAACUGUAUAAACGGAUUCGAGAAAGUGAUUCCGAAAUAAGCUUAUCCGUUUGCAACCAUGUGAUUUGGUUACUAGGGAAGGCCAAGAAAUGGUGGGCAGCUCUCGAGAUAUACGAAGAUUUGUUAGAUAAAGGACCGAAACCGAACAAUAUGUCAUACGAACUCAUAGUUUCCCAUUUCAAUUUCUUGCUAACUGCUGCUAGAAAGAAAGGGAUUUGGAAAUGGGGUGUUGGAUUACUGAACAAAAUGCAAGAAAAAGGACUGAAACCGGGGACUAAAGAGUGGAAUUCGGUUCUUAUCGCGUGUUCGAAAGCAUCCGAACCUUUGGUUGCCAUCCAAAUCUUCACGAGAAUGGUCGAAAAUGGCGAAAAGCCGACAAUUAUAUCUUAUGGGGCGCUUCUUAGUGCUUUAGAGAAGGGAAAACUGUACGAUGAAGCGCUACAGGUUUGGAAACAUAUGAUCAAAAUGGGCGUGAAGCCGAAUUCGUACGCGUAUACAAUCAUGGCUUCGGUUUAUGCAGCACAAGGGAAGUUCAAUAUAGUCGAAUCAAUAAUCCUUGAAAUGCCGGUUUCUGGGGUCGAGCUAAACGUGGUCACCUUUAACGCGAUUAUUAGUGCUUGUGCUCGAAAUAAUAUGGGUGGUCCAGCAUACGAAUGGUUUCAACGAAUGGAGGUUGAAAAAAUCGAGCCUAAUGAGGUCUCAUACGAAAUGCUGAUUGAAGCACUUGCAAAAGACGGUAAACCAAAGGUGGCGUAUGAUAUGUAUUUGAGGGCUCGGCUCGAGGGGCUGAGUUUGUCGUCCAAAGCUUAUGACACGGUGGUUGAGUCCGGGGUCGGCGGCGGUGCGAGCAUCAAUUUGAGCUUGCUGGGGCCGCGGCCACGGCCGCCGGAAAAGAAGAAAAGGGUGGAGAUUGGAAAGGAGUUGGCAGAUUUGGGUGAUGUUAGCAGUAGAGAUGCAAAUCAAGAAAAUAUGGGGACCGUAGAUGAUUAA